AUGUUUCGAAGAUCUUUAAUGUUUAUGAUCUCAAAUAAUAAAAAUACGAAUAUGGUCUCAUCAAUAAAUACAACAAAUAAAGUUAAUAAUUUUUCAAAAAUUAUUAUAUUGGAAGGUAAUAUUAGUGCUGGUAAAACAUAUUUAUCAUCAAAACUUGGAGAUUUAUUAGGAUAUAAAGUAUUUUUAGAACCAACAGCAACCAAUCCAUAUUUAUCAUUAUUUUAUAAAGAACCAUCAAAAUAUGCAUUGAUUAUGCAAAAAUGGUUAUUAAAUCAAAGAUAUAAUACAUUUUUAAAUGCACUUCAAUAUAGUUUAGAGAAUGAACAAGGUGUAAUAUUGGAUAGAUCAGUUUAUAGUGAUUGGGUAUUCGCAGAGAAUUGUAGAUCCGAAGGAUUAAUAAGUGCAGAGGGUUUUAAAGAGUAUAAUAGUAUUAGAGAUCGUUUUUUAUCCAAUAUUCCAAUACCCAAUGUCACCUUAUUUUUAGAUGUUGACCCAAAACAAUGUUUACAAAGAAUUCAAAAUAGAAAAAGAGAUUGUGAACAAUCAAUUCCACUCUCUUAUUUAUCGGGUUUAGAUAAUUGUUAUAAAAAAUUUUUAAUUGAAAUGAAAUCCAAAGGUUCAAAUGUUAUCAUUUUGGAUUGGAAUAAUUUUGGUGAUAUCAAUUUAGUUUUAAAUGAAAUUAAUAAUGAUAAUUUUAACAAUUUUAAUAAUAGUAAUAAUAGUAAAUUUAAUGAUGUAAAUUAUAAAAAACAACAAUUGAUUAGCGAUAUUGAAAAUGAAAAAAAUAAUUUAAAAGAAAUGAAGUUCUUCUUAAAUGAAAAUAAUAAUAAUAAUAAUCAAGAAAAAAUAAAAUCAUAA